UGACGCAAGGCGACGCAAAGCACUUUGCAGUCACCUCUGACCCGCCCCCGCUGUUGACAUGAUGACGGGCGAACCGGGACCUUUCCCCUCGUUAACGGAGAGAGGUUUACCUGUGGAGUGAAAAGCGCAGACGACCAGCGAGACUUGGUAAAAUUCACCCUCGUCAAGUGACGACAACACGUCGCGCUGAUGUCAGUUGUGUCUUCACCCACCGCCGCCGCCGCGGUGAAAAAGAAGCACGUUCGCUUCGCUAGCAUGGACGACGAGCAGGAAGAGGACACCUUGUUCGACAAAAGGAAGGACGCGGAACGAGGCGGGCUGAAGAGUGCACUCAAGGCGACCAAGAGGAAAACGAAAUCGGGAUGCGGCGACGAGGUGAAGGUGGUCGGAGGGGGCGGAUACACGUCGUGCGGCCGCUGGAUGGUCAGCCUCACUCUCUGCGCAUCCUUUCUCGGCCUGGGAAUGGGGAUCUCGGUCAUCGGACCUACGUUUGAGGACUUGGCUUUCAACGUGAAGAAGAACAUCAGCAAUAUCUCCUACAUCUUUGUCGGCAGAUCUGCAGGCUACAUCGGUGGCUCACUUUUGGGAGGUGUCCUUUUUGACUGCAUGAACCCCAAUCUGCUGCUUGGUUUUUCUAUGCUGAUCACUUCGUGUGGAAUGUGCGCUAUCCCUUUCUGCAAACAUGCUCUGCUUCUCACUGGCUUCAUGUCCAGCGUUGGCAUCUCUAUGGGGAUUCUGGAUACAGGUGGCAAUGUUCUCAUACUGAACACGUGGGGCGAGCAGGCUGGACCUCACAUGCAGGCGCUCCACUUCAGUUUUGCGGUCGGCGCCUUUGUGUCGCCCAUCAUAGCCAAGCUGCUCUUCGGGCACAACGGCAACAGCAGCCACCUCACGGAAACCAUCUUGAGCAACGCCACGUCCCCCAUCGCAGCGUGGCCCAUCGCCAACGACGAUCACGCCAUCCUCCAGUUCAUCCAGAGAGGAGGCGGGGACCUCAAAUCCAUGUGGGCUUACAUCGUAAUCGGCCUGUUCAUCCUCUUCACCUCCUUCCCUUUCUUCUUCCUCUCCGUCCGCAGCGACACGUCCCGUGACAAAGGUCGAACGUCCUCCGCAAAGCCCCUUGUGGCCAGACAUCACACGGCGCUGGUCGUCCUGCUCUUCUUCUUUUUCUUUGCCUACGUUGGUGCCGAGGUAGCCUACGGCUCCUUCAUCUUCACUUUUGCUAAGGAUUACGCUCAAAUGAGUCAGUCCCAAGCAGCCGGGCUGAAUUCUUUAUUCUGGGCGACGUUUGCUGCCUGUCGGGGGCUGGCCAUCUUCUUCGCUUCUUGCAUGUACCCAGGCACCAUGAUACUCUUCAGCCUGGUUGGCUCGACGCUGUCCUCCCUCUUCCUCUGCCUCUUUAGCAAGGACAAAGCCAUGCUGUGGAUUUGCACCGGUUUAUACGGAGCUUCUAUGUCCUCGACAUUCCCCAGUGGGAUUUCUUGGUUGGAGCAGUACACCACCGUAACGGGCCGCUCAGCGGCGGGAUUCGUGGUGGGCGCCGCCCUGGGCGAGAUGGUGUUACCAGCUCUCGUCGGCUUCCUGCUCGGGAAGAUUCACGGACAGCCCUUGCUGAUGUAUCUGUCGCUCAUCACGGCUACCUUCACCGCCAUUCUUUUCCCGGUUAUGUACAAGCUGGCCACCGUAUCCGCCGGUCCCAUCAGGAAACGUCACAGGAGGUGCCGAGCGGACGCCGACGACAGCGAGUACCGACAGGCGCUGCUGGAUUCAGGAGCCGUUGACGAAGAGGAGGAGGAGAACGAGGCCGAUCAGUGGAACGAUGCAGACUUUGAAGUCAUUGAAAUGGACGACACGGCAAGUCUCAGCGGUUCACCCAAUAAGGAGGGGUCUCCCUCAAAUACUAACGGUGACGGUGGUGUGCCGACCGAACCUGCAAAAGGUUCCCCAUCUGUCGACACCAUCUCCCUCGUGGGAGACUCACCCAAACGCAAACUGAUGCUCUUCCCUAACAGAGUCAAGAGAGACUGAAAACCCAUCCUUUCCAGAUUCUUCAACACCUUGAUUUGUCCGUAGCCUGUGUAACCUGAUGAGAUGUUUACUUGCACAAGAAGUUAAUUCACUGUCUGGCCAGAAAUGUAUAUAUUGUGUGCCUUUACCUCAUUCACUGGCAGCCCAGUUCAAAUUGAUCUUGUACUUUUGUAGCCGUCAGUGGCAGCGAAUGAGUUAAUUAUGUCUCCAUUUAAAAAAAAAAAAACGAUGUGCAGAUGUCACGACUGGGUGCCAGUUCUUAUGUUUAGAAGUUAAAGCGAGUAUAGUUUCUAUUCAUCAAUUCUCUAUCAGUGAAGGGUCCAACACUCUUUUCACACUGCACUUAUCAAUGAUGGUCACAUUGGGCUGAUGCAGCAACAUUCUCCAAUUAAAAUUCUACAGCAAUAAACCAACCAAUGGGAAGAGCCUCCCUGUUACUUCCUGUCAUCCUUACGCUAGGCUCUGGGGCAAAUGCAAAAGAAACCCAAGUGCUGUGAUAGUUUACAAAAGGGGUGUCAAACUCUUUUUUUGGCGGGCCGCAUUGUAGUCAUAGCUUCUUUGGGAGAGCCAUUAUGACUCAACCCAAAUAAAUGUAUGAACACCUCAUAUUAUAUACAGUCAAAGCUACAAAACAAACUGACAAAUAACUCGUUUUCAAAUCAGACGAGUUGUUAGAAACCCUAGCUUCCAGGGGCGUCGACCUCCAGUCCUCGAGGGCCGCG